CUAUUCUCCACCUCUGUCGAUUUGCUUCUUCUUCCUCUCGUUUCAUCUCCCAUUCCGUCUCUCCGUCUCUCUCUCACUUUUCGGAAUCGGCGAGGGGUCAGGAGAGGAGAGGGAACGAACCCUCUUUUACCACCUGACGGCGACGAGGAUGGCUGCACCAACGCCGACGAUGAUGAUGACGACGGCGAAGAAAAAGGUCAAAUGUAGGUUUUUUUUUUGUUUGCAUGUUGGUUUCGGAGGUUCAAUUUCGAUUUUGGGUUCUUAUAGUUUUUUUUUUUUUGGUUCUAUUGGGGUUCUGCCAUCGAUCGAGGAAAGAAGGAUACAACGACGACUGGGAAGGACGCCGGCGACGUCGAAACGAGAAGGAGUCCGACGGUAAAUCCGACGGAUUGUGACUUUUAGUUUUUCUUUGUGUUUAAGAUGGGGUCUUGGUUUCUGAUUACUUUUUGUUUCUUGUUUUUUUUUUCGAGGUCGACGAGUAAUGGAAAAAUAGGGAGAAGAGGAGUCGCCGCCAACACAUCUGAGUGUCGCCGGCGGCGACGAUGAUGCCGACAAGAAAAUGGUCACUUGGUCUAGGACACAGCGUCAGAAAUAAACAGAGCAAAAGAAAGAAGAGUGCAAAAUCAAGCACUCAAAUUCUUUCCAGUGAAAGCAAUAAUGGCGGUCAAGACCAGCAAUCUCGCACUCAUCCUUCUGAUUGUGUCAGCUUUCCUUCUGGCAGCAUCAGCAGCCGCGGCAGCGGACGGAGAAGGGACUCCGAAGCUCGGGACGGUGAUCGGAAUCGACCUAGGAACAACCUACUCGUGUGUGGCCGUAUCGAGAAACGGCCACGUGGAGAUCAUCGCCAACGACCAAGGCAACCGGAUCACACCCUCGUGGGUCGGGUUCACGGACUCGGAGCGCCUCAUCGGCGAGGCCGCCAAGAAUCAGGCACCUCAGAAUCCAGAACGCACCAUCUUCGACGCCAAACGCCUCAUCGGAAGAAGGUUUGAUGAUCCGGAGGUUCAGAAGGAUUUGAAAUUACUCCCUUACAGAGUUGUGAACAAGAAGGGGAAGCCGUACGUUGAAGUGAGAAAAGACGGAGAGACCAAAACAUUUAGCCCCGAGGAAAUUAGCGCCACGGUGUUGACCAAGAUGAAGGAGACGGCUGAAUCUUUCCUGGGAGAGAAGGUUAAACACGCAGUCAUCACCGUUCCAGCUUACUUCAACGACGCGCAGAGACAAGCGACCAAGGAUGCAGGGACAAUAGCAGGGCUGAACGUGGUCCGAAUCAUCAACGAGCCGACCGCGGCGGCGAUCGCCUACGGGCUGGACCAGAAGGGGAAAGAGAAGAACAUCCUGGUCUUCGACCUCGGCGGCGGGACAUUCGACGUCAGCAUCCUGACCAUCGACAAUGGAGUCUUCGAGGUGCUGGCGACCAGCGGCGACACUCAUUUAGGAGGGGAAGAUUUCGACCACAGAGUAAUGGACUACUUCAUCAAGCUGAUCCAGAGGAAGCACGGGAAAGACAUUAGCAAGGACAACAAGGCCCUGGGGAAGCUGCGGAGGGAGUGCGAGCGAGCCAAGAGGGCGCUGAGCAGCCAGCACCAGGUCCGAGUCGAGAUCGAGUCGCUGUUCGACGGGGUCGAUUUCUCCGAGCCCCUCACCAGGGCCAAGUUCGAGGAGAUGAACAUGGACCUGUUCAAGAAGACAUUGAGGCCCGUGAAGAAGGCGAUGGAGGAUGCGAGGCUGAACAAGUCGGAGAUCCAAGAGAUCGUGCUCGUCGGAGGGAGCACUCGGAUUCCCAAGGUUAGGGAGCUGCUCAAGGAGAUGUUUGAUGGCAAGGAGCCGAACCAAGGUGUGAAUCCUGAUGAAGCUGUAGCUUAUGGCGCGGCGGUCCAAGGUGGCAACCUCGGCGGAGAUCAAGCCAACACUCGAGACAUACUUCUAAUUGAUCUAACUCCCCUGAGUCUGGGUAUUGAAACUGUUGGUGGAGUUAUGACUAAAUUGAUCCCAAGGAACACUGCCAUUCCCGCUAAGAAGUCACAAGUGUUCAGCACAUACCAAGACCAACAAACAACCGUAUCGAUCAAGGUGUACCAAGGAGAAAGAGCCCUGACCAAGGACUGCAAGGAGCUAGGCCAAUUCGACCUCUCUGGCAUCCCACCCGCACCAAGAGGCGUGCCCCAGAUCCAAGUGACGUUCGAAGUGGAUGUGAAUGGGAUCCUGAGCGUGACAGCUGAAGACAAGGCGGCGAAGAAGUCGCAAUCACUGACGAUCACGAACCACAAGGGGACAUUGAGCCAGGAGGAGAUAGAGAUGAAGGUGAAGGAGGCUGAAGAGAUGGAGGAAGAGGACAGGAGGUUAAAGGAGAGGAUCGACUCGAGGAACAAGCUGGAGAGCUAUGUGUACAACAUGAAGAGCACGGUUGGUGACGGAAAUGGCGUGGGAGGUAAGAUUGGGGAGGAAGAGAAGGGGAAGGUGGAGAGGGUUUUGAAGGAAGCAUUGGAGUGGUUGGAUGAGAAUGAAGGGGUGGCUGGGAAGGAUGAUUAUGAUGACAAGUUGAAGGAAGUUGAGGAUGUGUGUAAUCCGGUGAUCAAGGGAGUUUAUGAACAGCAGCAGCAGCAGAGUGGAAGGAGUGAUGGUGAAGAAGAUGAUGAAGAGGGUUCUUAUGACGAGCUAUAGGCUGACAUGGUUAAUAAUGGAUUAUAAAGAUUGUUCUAUGUAGUUUACUUCUUUGGGUUAUAGGUUUUGAGUUUGAAUGUUGAUUACUUUAUUUGACUGGGAUUAA